CUCGCCCGCGCCUUCCGCAACAGGCUCGCCCUCGCGUCGUACAAGGCCUCGCGCGGCUGGCACGACGUCGGCCUCGACACGAUCGAGCCGCACCUCGAGCAGGAGGCUCAGCGCCGCAGCCAGGGCCCUGUCGCCGCUGCUCCUGCCGCCCAGCACUACCCGUCGCAGCCCCUCGCGCACCAGGCCUACGCGCCGCAGCCCCACCAGCCCGUCUACCAGCAGCAGCAGCAGCAGCACGAGCACACGCCCCAGUACGACAUGCAUGCCGUCCUCGGCGCGCCCUCGCCAUCGUCGCACCCGCACAAGCGCGCCCGCCUCGACGACCCGUACCAGCACGCGCGCUCGCGCCCUGCGCCCCAGCAGCAGCAGCAGCAGCAGCAGGCCGACAUGUACAGCGCGCACAGCGUGUACGCCCCGCCGCCACAGCCGGUGCACACCGUGUCGCCGUACUCGACCGCGAGCGUGUACCACCGCGAGCCCGCCGGCUCUUCGUCCUCGCGCCCGCCGUUCGCGCCCCAGCCCGACCUCGCCGCGCCCUCGACGGCGCCUCCCGCCGCCGCAGCAAGGAAGCAGCGCGCCUCGGCGAGCGCAGCGCCCGCGGCGGGUGCAGCGUCGCCCUCGUCGCGCGCCGGCUCGUCGCGUCCGCGCCGCGUCCCGUCCCGGCGCUCGUCGCCCGCGAAAGGGCCGGGCAGCAGGCCGGGCGAGGCCCUGUCGAGCUCGGACCCGACCUUCUCGAGCUUUGUCGACGCGGCGACGGCGCUCACGGGCAUGGCGAGGGCGCCGAGCGACCCGUCGAGCCAGGGCAGCGGGAGCGACGAGGGUGGCGCCGGCGGUGGAUCCCGGUCGGCGGCGGCGAGGGGCAUGGACGUCGACGGGCACGGGCAGGGUGCGGACGACAGGGGCGAGGUCGAGGACGGCGGCAGGAGGGCGCCGUUCGCUCGUCCGGCGACGCCCGAGCGGCAGAUUGUCAAGCUCGACGGCGUCGGUGCGCCGGGCGGUGGCAGCGCCGGCGCCAACGACAGCGGCACGGCCGAGGGCGCCGCUGAGCUCAUGCUGUACCUCGCCGCGUCGCCGUCGCCCGUCCAGAGCCGCAAGGCGCCACCGACGACGCUCGGCGACGGCUCGGGCAUCAAGGGCCGGCGGCUCUUCUCGGGCAUGGGCAUGGACGCAGGCGACGACGCGUCGUCGGCGGCAGGAGCAGGCGGCUCUGGGCAGGACCCGGGCAGCAUCUUUGGCGGCGAGCUCGGCGGCGCGCACCCUGCCGGGGCGCUCGAUGCGCCCUUUGCGACGUCGUCGACCGCGCCCACCUCGUCGACGACGGCACCGUCAUCUGCGCCCCUCGAGCCCGUCAAGAGCGGCGGCGCGACGAGCGGCCCGAGCGGCGUCUUUGGCGGCGGCCCGAGCGGCCCUGCGACGCCCGGCCGGCAGCGCCAGCCGAGCCUCGGCGGCGCCGCGAGCUGGGAGCUCUUCAUCAACGCGAGCCCGAGCCCGAAGCGCGGCGGGGCGAGCGGCGGUGCGGGUGCGGCGGCGGGCGCGGGCAUGGCCUCGACGAGGGGCGCGAGCCCGCCGCAUGCCGCCAUCGGCGCGUGA